GGAGGGGGCCAAGGACGGGGAGAGCGCGAAGGAGGGCGAGAAGAAGAACGGCAAGUACGAGAAGCCGCCGUUCAGCUACAACGCGCUCAUCAUGAUGGCCAUCCGGCAGAGCCCCGAGAAGCGCCUCACGCUCAACGGCAUCUACGAGUUCAUCAUGAAGAACUUCCCCUACUACCGGGAGAACAAGCAGGGCUGGCAGAACUCCAUCCGCCACAACCUCUCCCUCAAUAAGUGCUUCGUCAAGGUGCCCCGCCACUACGACGACCCGGGCAAAGGGAACUACUGGAUGUUGGACCCCUCCAGCGACGACGUCUUCAUCGGGGGCACCACGGGCAAGCUCCGCCGGCGGUCCACCACCUCGCGGGCCAAGCUGGCCUUCAAGCGGGGCGCCCGCCUCACCUCCACCGGACUGACAUUCAUGGAUAGGGCAGGAUCCUUGUACUGGCCUAUGUCCCCCUUCCUCUCCCUGCACCAUCCCCGGGCCAGCAGCACUUUGAGUUACAAUGGGACCACGUCCGCCUACCCCAGCCACCCCAUGCCCUACAGUUCAGUGUUGACUCAAAACUCCUUGGGAAACAACCACUCCUUUUCCACGUCUAAUGGGUUAAGUGUUGAUAGACUAGUCAAUGGAGAGAUACCUUAUGCCACUCAUCACCUCACAGCAGCAGCUCUGGCCGCCUCAGUGCCGUGUGGCUUGUCAGUUCCCUGCUCUGGCACCUAUUCCCUAAACCCCUGCUCUGUAAACCUUCUAGCAGGACAGACAAGUUACUUUUUCCCCCAUGUUCCUCACCCUUCAAUGACUUCUCAAAGCAGCACUUCAAUGACGGCCAGGGCAGCCUCCUCCUCCACGUCGCCACAGGCGCCCUCCACUCUGCCCUGUGAGUCCUUAAGACCUUCUUUGCCAAGUUUUACAACGGGACUUUCUGGAGGACUUUCUGAUUAUUUCACACAUCAAAAUCAGGGGUCUUCUUCAAACCCUUUAAUACAUUAACAUCCAUGGGAUCAGACUAUGCCAGGAGAAACUGCCUCUACCUGCAAGAAAGGCGGCCGAUGACACUUGGGGAUGGGAGACCUUCGCUGGCACCGGGGGCAGCUUUUCCAGGAAGGUAGGAGCAUCUGAAAGGAGCCCUUCUUUUCCUUCGGGGCUCUCCUGAUCCGCUGCAGCAGGAGCUGGUGUCGCGCAGAGUCUCGCUCGUGACGGGGGCCGAGGGAUGGGUCUGCCGCGGUCCGUCUGGGGGGAAGACCUCGCCAACCUCCCCAUUCACUUGGAGACCCUCCAAGAUAAGUCUUCGCCCUGCAUUGUUCAUUAGUGGAAGGACAAGAAGUCGCACCCCCCUCCCCGUUUAUUUUCCACUCAGAAAUGAUCUGAUUGCAAGUAUUUGAGAUUAGAUUGUCUGUUAAAUUAAGCAUACCCGAGAGCAGAGAGGUAGCUGCCAAAAAAUCUGGCUAAAGUCUGGCUAUCGAGUAAAAAAGCAGGAUUAUUUGUCAGCUAGGGUAGACAGUCUUAAAAAAAUUGAAAAUGUUGCAUUCUCAUAUAAAUAAGAAAAAGCCUUUUCUAAGGCACUGUGUUUCCCAGAAGGCUACAAUACUUUUGAGAAUUUAAUAUGGGGAUUAUUCACCAGUCACCAGACUGUUCUUUUGAGGCAAAAAUCCCGGGUAUGUUAUAAGACAGUUUGCUUUUUUCCUCCUUUUUGUGCUCCGCACACAAACAAACAUAGCGCAUCCCCCCACAAAUUUAUUUCCAAAGGGGGGGGGGUGUUGGCUCCGACAAGACUUUUCACGAGAGCCUAAAUGAGGCAAAACUGGGACAGGCGUACACGGACACAUUGUUAAAGUGGUCAGUGGAGGGAUAUGGCUAAAAGCAUCACAUAAGCUUUAAUAUUUUUUAUGCUAUGGCUCAUAGCUGACUUUCAAACGCUCUAGCUAUAAGUAAACGUCCUUUUAGUUUUCUGAACUACGCUUCCGAUGGCUAGUGCAUCGGGACGUGAGAAGCACGGUGGUGUUGAAGGGCAAGGGUCUUCUUAGUGUACAUUAUACGCACUUAUAUGUGUCUGUGAGAAAACAGAUGUGAAGUGUGGAAAUAAAAAUAGCAAUUUUAUUUUGUCAAUGGAUUUUUCCCCUAUAUAUAUGUAGUCUCUCCCUAAAAAUACGCACACAUAUAUAUUUCCCU